GGCUACACAGGAACAUGGAGUCAACCGACUGGCGAGGGACAUCCCCACAAAUUUACAAACAAACUGUUCACCUGCACUUGGUAUGCCACGAAAAAAUCCCUUCUAAUACAGGGCAAGAAAACUAGUGAGCUAAAAGAUAAGUUGAGACAAGUACUGGUUGAUCCUGUUCCUUUGAUAGCUGCUAAAGACGAAAGCGAAACUGAAAGAACUGAAAGCAAUACCCUUGAAGUUGAUGGCAGUGAGGUCAAUGAAGUCUACAAAAGUACCAAAUUUUGUGAUGAAUGCGUAGCUUCUGGAGUCCACCAAGGUAACGAGUUUAAUGAGGAUGAAAUUCAUGACGGGGUAAAUCCAGGAAAGAUUAUUGCAAAUUUGCUACAGUUUAGAAUGAAGAAAUGGAACAUAGAAGGAGCUAAGGUUACCAUAGCAACCCCUUUUCUGGACAAGUCUGGCUUGGUCUUUAUUUUGUCAUCUCUGGAUAAUGAAACAGCUCUGGACAAGGUAUAUACCAGAGAAGUGUGUGCAUGGAAUAACAAGAAGAUCGACCCAGUCAUCACUGAAAGUGAAUUAUCAAAAAAAUUGGAUUGUAAAUAAGGUUGUUGCUUUGAAAAAGGUGCCUUCCUUCCAUGCUAAGUUUCUGGCAGGAGAGUACAAAGACAAGGUGGAAUUGAUAGUGACAAGUUGUAAUAUGACUUCAGAACAUUUGUUCUCUGACCAGCUGGAGACAGUGAUCCAAAUCGAGUGCACCGUGGAAACUUUUCAUAGUGAUUGGCUUAAACCUCUGGAGUUAAUGGCAGAGGAAGAAGGAAGUAUGGCAAAGUUUCUUAAUAUGGAUGACAUUAUGCAGGAAGUUCAGAAUAUUGAGAAAUAGACCAUUUCAUCAAGACAAAUAUCAAUGUCUACAUGUAAAAGGUAAAUUCAAUCACUUUGCUCAACAAAAAGUCAACCUUUUAUACAGUUGAAAUGCAUCAUAAGAGGAACGUGUGUCCUAAGACCUCUCAAGAAUCUUGAAUCUUUUUAGCAUUCUAGAACCUUUUUGUGCAUGCCAUAGACUGGAAGGAACAUGUGAUCAGCCCAAACGGGGUCCUCAUAUCAUUGUACCUUUCAAUUACAACAUAGAACGUCAUAUUAAUUUUGUACUUAAGUAAAAUAUCCCAUACUGGAAGUCAUUUGUAAUCAUGGAGAUAUGCUAUUCCUUGAGGGAAUUUCCAAAAUAAUGUAGUUAUAAAAAGCAGUGUAUAUGCCAUAGUGUAAGUAAUAUUUUCCUUUUAGUUAGUGAACAUACUUCUACUCACUCUUCAUUCUCAAACGAUGCAAAUAAAAUGGGUAACUUUAAUGCCUGAUUAUGAGAAGUAAACAAUAAGAAUAAUACUAUUUUUAUGUUCCUUCCUACUGUAACAACCUCUGCUUGAAGAACUAAUAAUGGUGUAACCAAAACCUUGCUACUGUCUCUAUUUUUUACAGAGAUUUCCACUAAUUUUAAAGGUUCACAGUUCUCAUUUA